UAGUAGAUCUAUAGAGAUCUGUCUGCAUAGGUUUUUUUUUUUUUGGAGGAAAUUAUCAUCAAAUUAUUAGAAAUUGUAGAUUUAGGGCAAAUCGUUGGCGGAGUUUGCUGUGUAAUCGGUGUCGUUAAGAUGCAGAUAUUUGUGAAGACACUCACUGGGAAAACCAUCACUCUCGAGGUUGAGAGUUCCGACACCAUUGAUAAUGUGAAAGCUAAGAUUCAAGACAAGGAAGGGAUACCACCUGACCAGCAGAGGCUCAUCUUUGCUGGGAAACAGCUUGAGGAUGGCAGGACACUAGCAGACUACAACAUCCAGAAAGAAUCUACCCUUCAUUUGGUUCUCAGGUUGAGAGGUGGCAUGCAAAUAUUUGUGAAAACUCUUACUGGCAAGACUAUUACCCUUGAGGUGGAGAGCUCCGAUACUAUUGACAAUGUCAAGGCUAAGAUACAGGACAAGGAGGGAAUCCCACCUGACCAACAGAGACUUAUAUUCGCUGGAAAACAGUUGGAGGAUGGUAGGACCCUUGCUGAUUAUAACAUCCAGAAGGAGUCCACCUUGCAUCUUGUCCUUCGGUUGAGGGGUGGAAUGCAGAUUUUUGUUAAGACCCUGACUGGAAAAACCAUCACCCUUGAGGUGGAGAGUUCUGAUACAAUUGACAAUGUCAAGACUUAGAUACAGGACAAAGAGGGUAUUCCCCCUGAUCAGCAGAGGCUUAUAUUCGCUGGAAAGCAGCUGGAGGAUGGUAGGACUCUUGCUGAUUACAACAUACAGAAGGAAUCCACUUUGCAUCUUGUUCUAAGGUUGAGGGGUGGAAUGCAAAUCUUUGUCAAGACUUUGACUGGAAAGACUAUCACACUUGAGGUGGAGAGUUCCGAUACCAUAGAUAACGUCAAGGCAAAGAUUCAGGACAAGGAGGGGAUUCCUCCAGAUCAGCAGAGACUUAUAUUUGCUGGAAAGCAGCUGGAGGAUGGUAGAACACUAGCUGACUACAAUAUCCAAAAGGAAUCCACUUUGCAUCUUGUUCUUCGUCUGCGGGGUGGGAUGCAAAUUUUUGUCAAGACUUUGACGGGAAAGACCAUCACUCUUGAGGUUGAGAGCUCUGAUACGAUAGACAAUGUCAAGGCAAAGAUCCAGGAUAAGGAAGGGAUACCACCUGAUCAGCAGAGGCUUAUCUUUGCAGGAAAGCAGCUCGAUGAUGGCAGGACUUUGGCAGAUUAUAAUAUCCAGAAGGAAUCAACUUUGCAUCUUGUACUGCGCCUUCGUGGUGGGAUGCAAAUUUUUGUGAAAACUCUGACCGGCAAAACAAUUACUCUUGAGGUGGAGAGUUCGGACACAAUCGACAAUGUGAAGGCGAAAAUCCAAGACAAAGAGGGGAUCCCUCCUGAUCAGCAGAGGCUUAUUUUUGCCGGCAAGCAACUGGAGGAUGGGCGCACUCUGGCUGACUAUAACAUCCAAAAGGAGUCUACACUCCACCUUGUGCUCCGCCUUCGUGGAGGUGGUGAUGUUUGAGUUUGACCUUUAUGGAUUUUAGCCUAUUGUGUGCGUGGUGGUAGUGUUGGAUUCUGGUUGAUUGUGAAUGUUCAGGUUUGGGAAUUAUGUUCUUCGUAUGUUGUGUGUUUGGAACUACUAAAAAUUAGGAGUAUGAAGUAAAUAAUCGCACACAAUUUGUCAGUUGCUA